AUGGGGGCUAAAACCAUGAAUAUGAUCCUUGCAAUAGCAGUUGCAGUGUUCAUGCUACAUGGAACAGACGCUGCAGAAUACACAGUAGGAGACGACCUGGGUUGGACCAUUCCACCGGGUGGCGCUGCCACGUAUGCUUCAUGGGCUGCCGAGCACAGCUUGGUAGUAAACGACUUUCUAAUCUUUAACUUUGCAGUAGGAGAACAAGACUUGGCUUUGGUGACCAAGGAGGAUUUUGAUGCGUGCAACACCGCGGAACCCUUAGUUGUGUUCAAAGAACCAGGAGAAUUUCAAUUUAUAAAAGAGGGCACGUUCUAUUUGACCUGCACCUUCGCCGGCCAUUGCGCCAAAGGCCAAAAGAUUGCCCUUUACUUCGCUCCCACUGCAUCUCCAAGUCCAAGUUAA